AGCUCUCUGACCCGUCGUGGUGAAAGGUCCGUAGGCUUCGCUGCAUCGCUCACAUAAGAUGAUCUUUAUGGGGAAAGCAGGAGAUUACAGCUGAUAGGAAGCAGACUUAGCGUAAAGUCAAUUGGCUCCUUUGUGGAAUAAUCCGCUCUUCUCAUCCAAGUCAUUGCGAUGAGUGAUCAGACCUUGAGUGAAAGGAAGGGAGUGCAGAAAGAAGAAAAUGGCAGCGAUGCAUUAACCCAGCUCCGCUGAUAUGAAAGUAAUAUUAUCAGAUUUGAUUUCAUGUGGUUGGGCCUGACUUCUGACUUCUGCUGGGCUGAGAUUUCAAGCUGCUGGAAACGUCAGAUGCAGUUAAGCAGUGGAGAUACACCAUUCAGCAGGACUCUGGAAACUAUGACACAUUUUGCAAUGAUUGGAAUGUGUCAGAGCACGUUUUCUCAAAAUCUGACUCAGUAGUAGGAAUUUCCAAUCUGGCAACGUGAAAAAUAAUUACACAACUCGCUGUGAAAACUUCAGCGCCUGUUCUUUCUCUAACAUGUCAUCUUUCUGAAGUCAUCCAUCCUCCUCACUCUCAUUUGUGCUCACGCUUGCCUGUUUGUGUCUUGUAGAAAUGUCGCCCUGUCAGUGGGCUAUGCGCUCACCAGUCGGCCUCCAGACUCGGCUCCAGGUUUGCGAGGAGCAGAAGUGCGAGGAAGAAGUUUUUCCCUUGGCCAUGAACUACUUAGACAGAUUUUUAGCAGUGGUACCCACCAAAAAGUGUAACCUGCAGCUGCUGGGAGCAGUAUGCAUGUUUCUUGCAUCCAAAUUGAAAGAGACUCGUCCAUUAACCGCAGAGAAGCUUUGCAUCUACACAGAUAACUCCAUCAGACCACAGGAGCUGCUGGAAUGGGAACUGGUGGUGUUGGGGAAGUUGAAGUGGAACUUGGCAGCAGUAACGCCGAACGACUUCAUCGAACACAUUAUGAGGAGGCUGCCACUGCCCGAGGAUAAACUGGCGCUCAUACGGAAACAUGUCCAGACCUUCAUCGCUCUCUGUGCCACAGAUUUCAGAUUCGCCAUGUACCCUCCCUCCAUGAUUGCCACAGGAAGUGUGGGGGCAGCGAUCUGCGGCCUGCAGCUGGAUUCGGCUGACCAGUCGCAGUGGGGGGACAGUCUGACAGACCUGCUGGCCAAAAUCACAAACACAGAAGUGGAUGUUCUCAAAGAGUGCCAGGAGCAGAUCGAGCGCGUCCUGGUGAGCAGCCUGCGCGAAGGCCGGCAGCACCAACAGCAGCAGCAGCAGACUCAGAGGGGCCCCAGCGGGAAGGGCCUGGACGAGCUGGACCAGUCCUCCACCCCGACAGACGUCCGCGAUGUCAACUUGUGAACCAGCAGAGGGCGCCGUUGCACAGGAUUUUACAAAAAGAGAAAAAAAAGAAAAAAGCAUCAUGAAAAAAAAAACUCAAUUUUUUUUUUCCUAAAAGCAGAAAAAAAGAACAAAAAAACAAAAAUGUUAAAAACACAAGCCCUUUAAAAGAAAAAGAACAAUGCUUGCUAGUUUUUUUGUAGAUUUUCUGUUCUUCGAGUCAGAAACACCUGCACACAAAAUAGAUUUUCUAUGAUGUUCUUGUCUAAAAGCAACAAAAUUUGAUACAAGAUGAAGCUCUGUGGUGCCUUGGAUAUACAGAAGGGAAGCCAAUCAUAUUUGCAUUCUGCCUUUGAUUGUAUAGUAUGAUCUUUAAGUUAUAUUUGUAGCCAGAGCUCGGUCAUGAGGCUGUUGUGGUAGAAAUGGUGGAAACCAUUGGGGAAACUGCAUCCGUGGGAUCACAGCAGGGGGGGGCUUCCGUUUCUUCUGCUCUGUUUUCUUUCAUACUCGUAUGAGUAUUAUCACUUUUACACUUGUGGCCGGUGUGAGAGGACACACACUCGAGCGUCCACGUGUGUGUCGAGAAACGAGACGGAGGAAGCAGUGAGAACAUGAUGCGAGGAGUUGGUGGUUCCCGUUUCCACAGGGAAGAGCUGGGAUGAUAAUUAUUAGUAGUAUUAGUAAUUAUUAUUAUUAUUAUUAAUAUUGAUAUUAUCAUUGAACUUUUUUUUUUUUAAACUGAGUAGAAGAGAUCGAUAAGCUCCUUUUGUCAGGCUGCUUGCGUGCAUCAGUUUUGGAUGCAGUGUGAGUUUGUGUGCAGGGUUGCGUGUCCGUGUGCGACUCCUCGUCAGUGGUGGGGGGAGACACGGAAGAUGUACAGACGUGUGUGUGUGUGUGUGUGUGUGAGUGUGUGUUACAUGUGAUCCUGUAUCUAUAUUAGCAGUGUGCAUUCUACAGCAUGAGGCACUUGAGCAAAGGUGUAGGCUUCUGUGUUGAAGCGAGUGGAGGCUCCACAUCCUUUGUCCAUCCGUGUAACAGAGUAACAGGGCAUCUAUGCUACAUCACUGCCGUCGUGCAUUAACAGUAUAUCAUGGGUCGCUGCAGGCCAACAGUAAACUCAUGUCCAUGAACUCUGGGCGAUGCAGA